CGCAGCGAGCGGAGGGAAGGCGCCUGGGAGCCGGAGCGGGCGCCUGGAGCUGUGGGCCCGUUCGCAGCCCAUUUUGUCUGCCGUCCUCUGGGUGUGUCUCAUUGGUCCUCCACGCAGACCACUGUCUCUGGCCGUGGUUUUGCUCUUGGUUGUGUAGAAAGCACUCUUUUUAGAGUAUCUCCUGGUACCAUCAGAAAUGUCUUCCUUAAGUGGGAAAGUCCAAACUGUAUUGGGCCUUGUGGAGCCAGGCCAACUGGGUCGUACGCUGACCCAUGAACAUUUGACAAUGACUUUCGACUGCUCUUACUACCCACCUGCUCCAUGCUAUGAAGUUAUCUCCAAGGAACCUAUUAUGAUGAAGAAUUUAUUUUGGAUCCAGAAGAACCCUUAUUCCCAUAAAGAGAAUCUGCAGUUGAAUCAGGAGACAGAAGCCAUCAGGGAAGAAUUGUUGGAUUUUAAAGCCAAAGGUGGAGGAGCUUUGGUGGAAAACACAACCACUGGGAUUAGCCGAGAUGUGCAGACUUUGAAGUGGCUUGCAGAAGAGACUGGAGUCCAUAUCAUAUCAGGAGCUGGGUUUUAUGUGGAUGCAACCCACUCUUCAGAUACCAGAGCCAUGUCAGUGGAGCAGCUUACUGAUGUCCUCAUCAAUGAAAUUCUUCAUGGAGCUGAUGGAACCAGUAUCAAAUGUGGCGUUAUCGGAGAAAUUGGUUGCUCCUGGCCUCUGACUGAGAGUGAAAGAAAGGUUCUGCAGGCAACAGCUCAUGCCCAGACUCAGCUGGGCUGUCCUGUUAUUAUCCAUCCGGGAAGGAACAGAAGUGCCCCAUUUCAGAUUAUCCGAGUGUUGCAAGAGGCUGGUGCAGACAUCUCCAAAACAGUAAUGUCACACCUUGAUAGGACUAUCCUUGAUAAGAAGGAACUGCUGGAGUUUGCUCAGUUUGGCUGUUACUUGGAAUAUGAUCUCUUUGGAACCGAACUUUUUCAUUAUCAGUUCAACCCGGAUAUUGACAUGCCCAACGAUAAUAAAAGAAUUAAAAGGGUGCGUCUUCUGGUGGACGAGGGCUAUGAAGACCGAAUUCUGAUGGCCCACGAUAUACACACGAAACAUCGGCUGACAAAAUACGGAGGUCACGGCUAUUCUCACAUAUUCACCAACAUCGUUCCUAAAAUGUUGCUCAGAGGUAUAACUGAGGACGCACUUGAUAAGAUACUGAUCGAGAACCCUAAGCGAUGGCUCACUUUCAAGUAGGACGAGUGUUACACAUUCACACCUGGACUGUAAAGCUUGCAAGGAACGUACAAUGAGUUCAAACCCGCCUUGAGCUAUUCAUCGGAGCCACACAGGACUAAUCACAGAGCAUUUCCUUUUUAUGAGAAUGAGAAGGAUUCUACCUUCUCAGAAACUGGCCGUUAAGGCUGCACCUUUAGGGAGUUAACUAAGCCUAAUUAAGCCCUAUUGUUUCUCCUUACCAAAAUAAAUACAAAGGUCCCGAUUUCCAAACAAUGAUUUAUAGUCUAUACCCACUUAGUGGAGCUUUGCUUUCUUUUGUUUGGCUUUCUUAAUCUAUUAGCCACACUCUACUUGAGAAAAUUUAAAGUGUUUCUCGUCAAAUUACCCCCGUCUGGAGCAAUCUAAUGUUUCCGGUAAUAUUGAUGAUUCUACUAAUUACCCUGCUGUUCUUUAAUUAAUGCGUAAUGAAUAAUAUGGCACUUUAAGAUAGCUUCUGCAGCAAGGAAAGUUAAAUUUUGAGACUUUUUUUUUUUCAAAGGAUAUUCUACUACAAUUACCAAUUCAAAAUGGUAAAAAUAUUGUGGGAGGUUGAUUAUAUGCUGGGCACCUAUCUAUACAUACUUAUAAUAAAUCUCUCUUGUUGCCUGUG